AUGCGGCCAAUUCGAGCUUCGGCCAUCCGGCCGUACGUUUGCCCAUCGUGCCGUUCAUCGCGUGUCUUCAAUCAGAGGAGAUUUGGCACAAACCCAGCUCCGGUAACAGAUGUCUACGAUGUAGUCUGCGUUGGAGGUGGCCCUGCUGGUUUGGCGCUUCUGGCUGCUCUCCGUGCAUCGCCUGCGACCGCGAAGUUGAAGGUCGCCCUAGUCGAAUCGCAAGACCUAGACAAAGCCCGUUCUUGGAAGCUCGGCCCGCAACAGUUUUCCAACCGAGUCAGCAGCCUUACACCCUCAUCCGUGUCGUUCUUGCAGAGGAUUGGGGCCUGGGAUCACUUGGAUGUCGCGCGGACGCAGCCGUACCAGGGCAUGGAGGUUUGGGAUGGAGAAACGGGGUCGAAGAUCUCGUUCGACUGGUCCGCGGAAACUUCACCAUUCGAAGACCUCCGCACCGUUGCAACAAUGACGGAGAACGCCAAUCUCGUACACGCCCUCCUUUCGCGGAUAGCUACGUCCGGUGACGAGAACCUUUCCAUAUUUUCUAAAUCCACUGUAUCCUCGAUCGAGAAUGGCACUGCGGACGGGCCGGACGGUGCGGACCUCUCGGCGUGGCCAGUACUCUCCAUUGCACCAGCUGGAAACGCGGCUGAGUCUACGGCAUCAUCCUCUCGAAUCGCUGCAAGGCUUCUAGUCGGAGCGGAUGGUAUCAAUAGCCCCGUCCGUCGGUACGCCGACAUUGCUACAGACGGCUGGGAUUAUCAACGUCACGGAAUCGUCGCAACCCUUUCUCUCGCCGAUAAAGUUCCACCUCUGUUCCCUAUCGGCACAAGGACAGCGUACCAGCGGUUCCUACCUUCCCUCGGCGGUCCGAUUGCCCUACUCCCGCUGCCGAAUAACAAUGCCACGUUGGUUUGGUCCACGACGGUCGAGAAUGCGGCCUACCUCAAGUCACUGUCCCCAGGAGCAUUCAUAUCCAUGGUGAACGCAGCCUUCCGCUUAUCUAUGCCUGAUCUUCAGUACAUGCUGAGCAUGGAGCGUCCAUCCACUUCCGUCACCGACCUAGACGAAGACCCGCACGAGAGCGAAUUAACCUGGCGCCUCCAACACACCCCUUCCGUCCCUCACCUCCCGCCUAUGGUCACAGGCGUCCAGGAAGGCACUGUAGCUUCAUUUCCCCUCCGCUUCCGGCACGCAUCAACAUACAUCUCCCCUCGCGUAGCCCUAGUCGGCGAUGCAGCGCACGUCAUCCACCCGUUAGCCGGACAGGGCCUCAACCUCGGUCUCGGCGAUGUAGCAUCACUCUCCAACACGAUCGAAUACGCAGUAAACCACGGGAUGGAUGUCGGCGAUGUCCUCACGCUUGAGCAUUACACUGCUGACCGGUGGGCCACCAAUGCAAAGAUCGGCGGCACUUGCGAUAUGCUGCACAAACUAUACAAUGUUCCAGGCCAGGGGCCCGUCGCGUGGGGGCGGAGCUUGGGCUUCGAGAUCAUCGAUCGAUUGCCGUUCGUGAAGGGAUUCCUGAUGAGGAAUGCGGACUCGUGA